UGCAUGUGACAACACAAUCGCACACCUGGCCAAUCGAUUGGUGAAUGUCGAAUCCCGAAAAGAGCAUCAACACAGUCGCAGUGUGUAUAGCGAGGGGGCGAUGAGAGAGCUGCGGCUCGCGACACACACACAGCCAUGGACGUCUUCCAGAGCGUCCAGGGCUACAUCAAUAAGAUGGUGUCGCAAGGCGACACGACCAGCGGCGGAGCUGCGAAGAUGAAGAUACUGCUGCUGGACAGAGAUACCGUGCCCAUUGUGUCUUCGGCGACGUCGCAAUCAGCACUGCUAAAUCACUCCGUCUACCUCACGCAACGCCUAGAUGACCAAAAUCGCGAGAAGAUGCGCCAUUUGCGAUGCCUCUGCUUCGUUCGCCCUUCUCCGGAUAGCAUACAAUUCCUGAUCGACGAGUUCCGCGAGCCCAAAUACGGGGAGUACCAUAUCUAUUUCAGCAAUGUCAUAAAGAAGUCCUCGCUCGAACGUCUUGCCGAAGCUGAUGACCACGAGGUCGUCAAAUCGAUCGUCGAGUACUUCGCCGAUUUCCUCGUUGUCAACCCCGACCUGUGUUCAUUGCCCCUCUCAACGCGAAUCUGGUCCUCGUCACCGGACUUAUGGAAUCAGGACAGCUUGUCGCGAACAGUGGAGGGCGUAAUUGCCAUGCUUCUGUCGUUGAAGAAGAAGCCUUUGAUCAGAUACGAGAAGAACAGUCUCCUGUGCAAGAAGCUGGCAACGGAAGUACGAUAUGCGAUGACACAAGAGGAACAGCUGUUCGAUUUUCGGAAACCAGAUACACCCCCGAUAUUGCUGUUGGUGGACAGGAGAGAUGAUCCUGUAACGCCACUCCUGACCCAGUGGACAUACCAAGCCAUGGUACAUGAGCUGCUGGGCAUUGACAAUGGGAGAGUGAAUCUUGGUGACGUCCCUGAAGUCAGGCCGGAAUUCAAGGAGAUUGUACUUUCACAAGAUCAGGACCCAUUCUUCGCGAAAAAUAUGUACCUCAACUUCGGUGAUCUGGGACAGAAUGCCAAGGACUACGUCGAGCAAUUCGCCUCGAAGCAGGCGUCUGGUCAGAAGCUUGACAGCAUCGAAGACAUGAAGCGCUUCGUUGAGGAAUAUCCAGAGUUCCGUCGCCUAUCUGGCAACGUGACGAAGCACGUUACCCUGGUGGGCGAGCUGUCUCGACGUGUUGGAACCGACAAUCUUCUGGACGUUUCCGAGCUCGAGCAAAGUCUCGCAUGCAACGACAACCACUCACAGGAUGUCAAGAAACUCCAGCAGCUGAUACAGGACCCACGGAUACCUCCAAGCAAUAAAUUGCGCCUGGUUGCGAUAUAUGCACUUCGCUAUUCUGGCCACACGAGCAACAACACGCCAGCUUUGCUGGACCUCCUUGCAGUCGCCGGAAAUAUCUCACGUCACCGAAUAAAUCUGAUACCGAAGCUCCUCACAUACGCACACAGCCUGCAGUCUAUUCCGCAGACAGGUGGCAUUCCAGACCUGUUCCAAUCAAGCAAUCUCUUCUCUGAAGCUCGGUCUCGCUUUCAGCGUGGGUUGAAGGGAGUAGAAAAUGUCUACACACAGCACUCGCCUCGUUUGGAAAACACACUCCAGGAUCUCAUCAAGGGACGUCUGGCUAUGAAUAAUUAUCCAUUUGUGGAAGGGGGAGGACAGACGCGAGACAAACCACAGGACAUCAUAGUGUUCAUUGUGGGAGGGGCCACUUACGAGGAGGCGAAGAUGGUUGCUCAGGUCAAUGCCAGCAGCCCGGGUGUGAGAGUCGUGCUUGGAGGUACAGGGAUACACAACAGCAACACGUUCUUAGAUGAGGUGGAGGAGGCUGUCGAUGCAUGGCCCGAAGCCAAGGCUGAUACUGCUGCUGGCAGGCUGAGGAGAGAGGUUGGCAGGGCUUAA